CCAACGGUUCGAGAGGAGGAAGAGAAGAGGAAAAAAAAAAAACAGAGAUCCCCAAAGCUUCCACGAGUCCACGACCGAUCGGCGGCGGCCGCGGCGGCGAUCGCAACCGGCGGGGAACUCUUCCCGAUCACCCUUCCGCUCGCCCACUGGAUCGGUCGGGCUCGGCCUGCCUCCCGGUCACCUUCGGCGGCGCGCGGGGGUGGGGGGAGGCUAGGGAUUUGGCCCGGAUCACGGCGAGCUCGAUCGGCUUGGGCUGAGGCGGCGAGAGCAGUGAUUUCGGGUCGAUUUGUGGUGGCAGGGUCCCUCGUUGGGGGAAGGAGAGGAGGAGGAGGAGAUGGUGCUGGUGCUCGCGCUCGGGGAUCUGCACGUGCCGCACCGGGCGGCCGACCUGCCGGCCAAGUUCAAGUCCAUGCUCGUCCCGGGCAAGAUCCAGCACAUCAUCUGCACGGGCAACCUCUGCAUCAAGGAAGUUCAUGACUACCUGAAAAGCCUUUGCCCUGAUCUCCAUAUCACCAGAGGCGAAUAUGAUGAGGAUGCUCGUUACCCAGAGACUAAGACACUUGCUAUUGGUCAAUUCAAGCUAGGGCUGUGCCAUGGUCACCAGGUGGUUCCAUGGGGCGAUCUGGACUCCCUGGCGAUGCUGCAGCGGCAGCUGGACGUGGACAUCCUCGUCACCGGGCACACCCACCAGUUCAAGGCGUACAAGCACGAGGGGGGAGUCGUCAUCAACCCGGGCUCCGCGACGGGCGCCUACAGCAGCAUCACCUACGACGUGAACCCGAGCUUCGUGCUCAUGGACAUCGACGGCCUCCGCGUCGUCGUCUACGUCUACGAGCUCAUCGACGGCGAGGUCAAGGUCGACAAGAUCGACUUCAAGAAGACGGCCACGAUGCACGCCUGACCGGACAAAAUCGGAAAGGCAGCGAGCUGUUCUGCUCUUGUGUUUAGUUUCACCCUCGUCUCGCUUGAUUCAGAGUGCACUCCAUUUUCUGAAGCUUCUUUUUCGCUCCUCGCCUCGUUCAUGUGCAAAAACUGGAGCCGUGUGUUCAGUUUAGUUAAUAAAGAUCAUCAGAGUUGUUAUGCUAAUUUAUUCAUGUGCAAAGGAAAAAAAGAACGCUAGAGCAUUGUAUUCAGAUUAGUUAAUCAAGACCGUCAGUUAUUAUGCUAAGCGGCCAUUGCAUU